UACAAUAAGGCUGUAGAGUUGUCAUAACAUAAAUGUGACGCUGUAUUCUUUUUAUGGUGAUGUUCUGAAGCAAUAGGCCCUAUAAUAAAGCCCGUGCAUGGACCUGGGUAGGUAGCCUAUCACAUGACUGCAGCACUAUCGCUCUUUGCUCGCUGGCGCUCCCAUCCUUGUCUGACCAGAAGGCAGUAGUAGGCAGCAGCAGUCACUGGCUUUGUAAACACAACGUGCUGCGCAGCUUUGUUUCGGAACCACCACCAUUGUGGGUCUCUCUCUAGCCAUGUCAUGGAUAUUUUGUGGCAAUAUCAGUUCAGGAUAAUUUUGCUCGGAGACUCGACGGUAGGGAAAUCGUCUUUGCUGAAACGGUUUACAGAUGGAAUUUACAGCGAUGUAGCGGAUCCAACGGUCGGUGUGGAUUUUUAUGCCCGUUCGCUAGACAUUGAGCAAGGGAUUAAAAUCAAGCUUCAACUGUGGGACACGGCUGGACAGGAACGAUUCAGGUCCAUUACUACUUCCUACUACCGUAACUCAGUGGGCGGGCUCCUCGUGUUCGACCUGACCAAUCGCAAGACCUUCGACCACGUGAGGGAGUGGCACAAGGAAGUGAGCGAGCAUAUUCUGCCUCACCACAUGGUCUACAUUCUGAUUGGCCACAAAAGCGACCUAAACAAGGACCGGAAGGUGACGCGGGACGAGGCUGAGCAGCUGGCGGCGGAGAUGGGGAUCCGCUAUGUGGAGACAUCGGCUAAGUGCAACAGCAACGUGGACCGGGCCUUCCAGCUGCUCAGCAGGGACAUCUAUGAGCUGAUGAAGAUGGGGGAGAUCACCACGAGGGACGGAUGGGAUGGGGUGAAGAGCGGCCUCACCACCGGGGUCCUGUACCCGGGCGAAGAGGACAUUGAGGUGGAGCCAAGGGAGAAGAGCUGCAACUGCUGAGAGACUGAGCCUCGAUCUCUGACCCCUGACCUCAUCCAUGGUCAUGUUCAUUAGGCACCAAAUGGAAGAAAACGGACUGAAAAAGAGAGGGACUACUUGGAAUUGUCCAAUAAGAAACGCACAUUUUUAUUUUCCAUUGCGAAACGUUUUAGAAAACGUGUUCCAAUAUGUGCCCUAAUAAACACGACUCAUGUCUCCACUGUUGUUCCCCCUCUCUUAUCUCCACAAGUAUCUCCCAUCGUCUCACAGUUUAGUCAGUUUCCCAUCGAAAUUAAGCCACAGUCUAAAGUGAGGCCCUUGUCCUAUGACAUCAUCAUCACGCGUCCACGUGUUAUCUUAUGCUUAGUGUAGAUAGGAUGCCAGUCCCCUCUGUAUCAGUUCCUACAGAGGUCAGGAUGGGGCUGUUUUCUGAUAGGAGUGCACAAUACCCAUCCUGUAGUAUACAUCUUGAUGUGACAAAAGCUUCUCUACAAACACAAAAGUCUGAGUCUUUAGGCCAAACACUAGUGUAAAUCCUUGCAGUGGAAAAGCAUCAUACAUGUACAUGCUAAACGUACAAAAAUUAACAGACACAGAGGCUGCAUUUUCACAGGCAGACAAUUCUGAUAUUUUGCCCAAUUAUUGUUCAUUUGGCCAAUGAGAAAAGGCCUUUUGCCAAUAAGUGGGCAAAAGAUCAGAAUUGGGCUGCAGCCAGAGACACCUGUAUGAGAGCGAUCAGGCCUUGAGUUAUUCCAGUACAUACCCUAUUCAUUCCUGGAUGCCCUUUGCUUACUGGAGUUACUGGAGUCUCAAGCAAGCGAGGUCAGGACUUGCGGACAAUGCAUUAUUGCGGUCUGGCAUCACUCCCAUUACGUUGUUGUUGGUUGGCUCCUGUUUGGCUCUGCGUGUGUGUGUGUGUGUGUGUGUGUGCAUAUGUCGUUGCUCUGUAUGCAGUCCCCUGAGACUGUACAUCAUGUUCGGUAUGGUUAGCUCUGGUGUUAAAAGGUCACUGAUAAUAGGCAGUGAGAAUAAACUGUACUCUAUAUGUGUCACCACGACCCCCCAUCCCCUGCUAAUCAAUAUGGUCCUGUAGACUACUAAUCUAUGUAAGCCAAAUCAUUUUCAUGUUGCAUCAUGUUGUGGACUUCCUACUUCAGAGCAGACGAGUAAUGUUUUCAACAUUUUUUAAAACAUAUCUACCAUUUGUAGUACAUUGCUGAAGCCACAAACAAUUUGGUAGUCACUCUUUGUAUUUGAAUACUAUAUGGCAUAUUAAAAACAAAACAAACCUUCCAAGGUGGGUCUUCAAGGGGGAAAACCACACCAAGCCAUUUUCCUUUAAUUGGAGAGAGGUAUUGGCUGACUUUAAGACUGCUCACAUGGGGCUUUUGUAGCCAUAAUAACAAUUUAUUGGCAUUAUUACAUUAUCUGGUUGAGAACAUGACAUUUUGGCCCUAAUGGCUUCCAUGCUCCAUCAGAAUGGUUCCGAUAUCAAGACAGACAGAAUUUUGCACUGCUCUGUUUAUAGUCCCUUUCUGCUUGCAGAGAGGCACAGGAAGAUAACUGUAGUUUCCUUUGUAUAUACUACCUCUAUACAGCAAACCCCAGUGCAGAUAACAGUUGCGCUGAGACUUGGCUGUAGAUUCUGGUGUUACCAUAGGAGUGUACAGCCAUGGCUCAGGGCCUAGAUAACAGCUCACUUUGCCUGGUUCCUCCUACCUCCCUCCUUCCUUCCCCUCAGCUCAUCUUGUCCACCUCUCACCAGCACCACACCUCACCAGACACUUUACACACUGUAGAUGACAGGAGAGACAUUGUGCAUUCAGCAACAGUGACUUUAUAGGAUAUUGUGUUCUAUGUUGGUUUUGUGUUUCAGUGGUCAUUGGGCAAGGUCCAGGAGCAUCCGGGCUGUAUCAUGGCCAUGCGACUUGACUUGUUGAAAGGAAUGUCUAACUAACUAACUUUUGUAAGCCUUUACAUACAUUCUGGCAAACAACUUACAAAGCCUCAGCAAACAAUGUUUGUCUACAUACAGUCCUUAUGUUUUGCCUCUUGCUUUACAAAGUCUGAUGCAAACAUAGUUUAGUUGUUCCCACACUCAUGGGUUUAACCAGGUUUAUAGAUAUGCCGUGGUCAGUUUUUCAGCUCCAGUGAACAUUCACAGACUUUGAUUAAACCUCUGUUAUCACAGGUCAUAACCCAUGUCUCAUUUCUUUCAAAGUUAAAUCAGUUGGCUAACUAAUAUCUAUGACACUCUGUAUUGAUCCAUGUUCUUGUUACGGUAAGGAAGGACACAUCUACAAAGAGAAGGCAAUACCGAGGCCUAGGGAGAAGAGACAUACCCUUUAAAUGAACAAAAACAGUCUUGCCUGGGAAUGUAUAGAAAUGGAGAAUUAUAUUUUUCAGACAUGGUUUCAGAGGUAUGAUCAUGUAGGCUGCUGUCUGUUUGGUCAUCGCAAUUCAACUCCUUUUGAAAAGCAGCAAAUGUUUCCAUUCUAAUCCACAAAGGAAGUUAAAGUCAAAUCAUGUUCCUUAUAGUACGUACCUCUUUCAUUUUUCAGCUUUGUGUGUAAUUUAUAACAGUUUUUUUUGUACAGCUGUAUUUUUAAUGCUUAUAAUAAUGAUAAUAUGUGCUGUAAUACAGCUGCUUGUCAGUGAAUGCAACAUAUUCCUGAUCACUGAAUUUGAUAAGGAUUCUUAUUGUAUUGUUACAUGAGAUAUGAAGAAAACAGGAAAUAGCAAGCUGUGGUGAUGAUGAUGCCGAUGACGGUCUAUGAAAAAGGUGUAUCUGGAGAAAGGCCCAUGUCACUGAGAUGGAGCACCAGCUAUAUUCAACAGCCUAAUCAGGCUCAAGGACUUGAAAGAAGAGAUUGAGCUUGGUUCUUGGAUCUUGACACAUUGCCAGUCGAACUAGAAAAGUUUAGAUUUUAGAUUUUAAUAAUUUAUAUUUUAGAAAGUGUUGAUUAUAAGUAAUAAGUGGCAAUUUUCAUUGUGAUGAUAGUUAUAUCAUAAUACUGUAACUCGAAUAUCAAUUGACAAAACAAUCUAUUUAGGUCCAUGAUAGUACAACGACAUAUGACAAAUCACUAAUGCAUUUUUCUUGCAAAUUCUGUUUUUUGGCAAGCUUAGAACUAGACAAAGCAUCACAGCAGUGCAGUUGAUACCUCUAUUUUGCCUCUGACUAAGUCUGAUCACAGUUCACAGCUUGAUGGAAUAAAUGUUAUUUAUUUUCUAUUCUAAAUGUUCUGGGCAAGGUACUCUACUGUUAAAGGGUUAUUCAGUCAAUAAACAACAUUAUGUCCAUGGUGCCAUAUUAUGAUUGACCAGCUCCAUGCCAGGGUUGUGGCGUCCUCUUUUGGUAACAACAGAACUGCAUACCUGACCCACUUAGCUAAAUCACAGUGCAAAUAAAAUACUAAACUUCAACUAAUAAACAUAAAACUGUGUAUGGUAA